AUGGGUAACUGUCUUGUGUUUUAAAUUAUAAGCUACUCAAAAUUAUUUUUAACGUUUUUUGUGUGUAAUCAAUUUAAUUUCUUCAUAAAAUCUACAGGCUAUAUGUACAGGUUGUCCCUGGAUUGUACUGACAAAUUAGGAACAACAACAAAAAAUGGCAUUCAUCUUAGAAACAUGGUACUUGGAUGUGAUCAUAGUUUUGUCUCUUCUUUUAACCAUUCUCUAUUACUAUCUUACACCUCUUUACCGCUAUUGGGGAGAUAGAAAUGUCCCUUGUCUCAAUUCAUCUCUUGGUAUGCGAUUCAAACUAUGAUUUAUUAGCAAGAAACAAAGCACAUGCAGAUGUCAUUAGGGAGAUUUAUAAAAUAUUUCACAAGGAAAGAUAUUGUGGAUUUUACCAGUUCAGACAGCCAAUCUUCAUGGUGAGAGACCUACAGCUCAUAGAAAGGAUUAUGAUAAAAGACUUUUCAUACUUUGAGGACAGAGGUUUGCCAUUAGAUAUGGAGAACGAACCACUAACAGUGAACUUGACAAAUCUCAGAGGCAGUCAGUGGCGGUACCUUCGAAACAAGCUGACCCCAACCUUCACUACUGGCAAACUGAAGGGAAUGCUAGAACAGAUCUGCAACUGCGGAGCAGAGUUGGUGGAACAGCUUGAGAAAUAUGCUACGACCGGAGAGGAAGUUGAUACCAAAUCAGUGAUGUUCUCGUUCUCCACAGAUGUGAUUGCUAGUUGUGCAUUUGGGAUGCAAAUCAAAUCUGAGAGUUCAGAAUUACAAAAAUUCAAAGAGAUGGUCAACAAAUCAAUAGGAAACUCUGCUUUUACUCCACUUAGAAUAGCUUUAAAACAAUUUUAUCCUAAAUUGGCAAAUUUCCUGGGUAUAAAAGCCAUCCCAUCAGAUGCUAACAAUUACUUCAUGAACAUCACCAAAGCCACACUUCAACAUCGUCUCAAGAACAAUGUAAGAAGAGAAGACUUCUUCCAGAUGCUGCUAACUUUGAAAGAGCAGGACGAUACAAAUAACACAACACUAUCCAAUGAUAAUGACAUUGACACAUCUGGUGAAGAUAUUCAACUUCAAUAUAAAUACAAUACUGAUGCAAAGGACAGUAAUUUGAAAUUCACAGAAAAACUACUAGCGGCUCAAUUGUUUGCAUUUCUUGCUGCUGGUUCAGAGGCUGUCUCAACUACAGCCAGCAUCGUUCUACACUUCCUCGGCCACUACCCUGAGACACAAAAGAGACUACAAGCCGAAGUUGAUGAAGUGUUGGCCAAGUACAACGGGCAGUGGUCCUACCAGGCCCUCAAAGAGAUGACUUAUUUGAAUCAGGUCAUACAAGAGGCCCAAAGGAUCUUCCCCAUAGCCCACAUUCACCUCCGGAAUUGCACUAUUCCCUACAAGGUUCCAGACUCAGACCUAGUGAUUGAGAAAGGAACAGUUGUUAUAGUGCCCUUUCAGAGCAUCCAAUCAGAUCCUACAUAUUAUCCCAACCCAGAGGUCUUCGAUCCUGACAGAUUUACAGGGAAGAACUUCAAGCCAUCGCCGAUAUUCUCACCAUUUGGUGAUGGACCAAGGAUGUGCAUUGCUAUGAGAUUUGCUGUUUUGGAGCUGAAGAUCUUGAUCGCAGCGAUAAUGACUAAGUACUCUGUGAGCCCAAGCUCUAAGACUAUAACUCCAUUACGUUACGACCCUAGUGCAUUCGCCAACAGACCUUUGGGAGGGGUAUGGAUCUCAUUCCAUUCCAGAGACAAUUGAGUAGUUUAUAAGUCAACUAAAUUUUUAACAUACUUAUUGUUAGCAUACUUUAUAUAAUUAAUAACACACUUUUCCUGAUUUCAAUUACUGACAAGGCUUAAAUUUCACUUUUUGCAAACAAUAAUCAUACUUACUUAAUUUUUAUAAUUCAUAAUGUAAAGUGUUUCAGAUUGUUGCAAUUUAAUUUUUUUUUAAUGCAAUGUUUUGCAAUAAUUAGUUUUAUAUUAAUGUUUACUUUAUGUUAAUUAUUCAAACUGUUCACUCAAGUACUUUAUUAUGGCUUAGAGUUAAACUUCCAAAUUAGUUUCAAUUAUAUGUGUUUAAGGUUGUUUUAACCUUUUUGUGAUACCUGAGGAACUUAAGUUUCAUGUGCUACAACAUAGAAAUCAAUAGAAGCAAUGUUAGGACUUUGUAUAGUAUUUGACCAAACCACAACAAAAUCUUUAUCAGCAUAUUGUAUUGUAUUGUCAUUGUUCUAAACCAUUAUUGUAAUCUGCUUAUCAGGGUUGCAUUUGAAACUUCUUUCGGCAUUAUAAACUUAACAUAUUUUCUGCACUUUGUUGUUUCCUAACAUGUAUACUAACUAACUUAAUUGUUAUCAAAUAAAACAAAGAGAUUUUCUGUCAAUACAAA